CCAUAACGGCUUCGUCUUGUUGUAGUGAACAUGAUUUUUGCCUCAUAAUGUUGCUAUCGGGCUUGCAUGUAGCCCGUAUUUUCCAUCUUUCAUUGUGUUACGGAGCGCUUUGUGUCUGUUUAAUUUGGACAAAUUUAGGUGGGAUUUAUUGACAUCUCAUAAAGCAUGUGUAUUGCUAUACUGGAUCUCGUUAUUGGUUAAUUAAUCUUUGACCAAUCAAGCAUCACACGACGAGAACGUGUUCCUCUCGGCGGUCGAGACUCGAGAGCGUGGAAAAGUUUGGUUUGGUUGUUUGACUCGGAAAUGAAGAAACAUCUUUUGAUUAUUUUCACUUUCUCUGUUCUCCUGGUGUAUGCGUUAGACUGUCCUGACAAUAUGUACAAGAGCGGUCCACUCUGCUGCAAGUUCUGUCCGGUAGGAACUUAUAUGGUCAAGAACUGCAACGUGAGCAAAGGAAAUUCUUUUUGUAAACCAUGCCCGAGUGAGACAUUCAUGGAUAAAGUAAAUAACAACACCAAGUGCAAGCAGUGUCUGAAAUGCCCGCCUUCCCAGACGGCCAUGCGGCAGUGCAAGCCAACUCACGAUAGGGAAUGUGGAUGCCCCUCCGGAAUGUACCAUGAUCAGGCAGUUUUGAUUUGCAUGGAGUGUCUUAAGUGUGACAUCGGUCACGGGGUUGUGUCACCCUGCACAAACAUAAGUAACACGGAAUGUCAGCCCUGUCGAGAGGGAACAUUUUCUGAUCGCGUUAGUCAUGAGCAGGAAUGUUUGAAUUGCUCACAGUGUGGCCCAGGUACAGUGAUUGAGGAAAAAUGCACAAUAGCAAGAGACACAGUCUGCCAGAGAGCGAACGAAUCGCGAAUUUCUACUGUUUCCCAAGCUGUCCCUCCGGUCUCUCGAGCACCUUUCAUGCCAACCAAUGCUGGAAGUUCAUUAACCCCUGUUGAGAAGGUAACACCCAACUACAAAACGUAUAUCAUCAUUGGCAUCAUUGUCGCUUUAUUGCUCCUCGUUCUUUUUGCUGUGGUAUUUUACCGUUACCGGAGGAAACAAAAUCGGCCAGAAAGAAACCAGGCAGAUGACCCUCCAGAAAUGGAGGAAACCAAAUAUGACUUCGUGCCGCCGAUUUCAUCAGAGACACCAGCUCACGCGCGAUCCUCGCACGGACUUCGAGGAAGGCGGACGACUAACUCCUCCAGACCAAAUAGUCACCACCGAGAUUCUGACUCUCAGGGUAGCAGUGGCUCUUUACAGGGGGUCAGCGUAAGCAACGGUAAAAGUAAAACGUUAGUUCGGGACCUUCCGGUAAAUGUGUCUAUCGAACUUGGAAAUUUGUUGAACCCCAAGUCGAGUAAAAACUGGGUGACACUAGCGGGGUACCUCGACUUUACCACGAUUGAGAUAAAAAACUUUGAACUGAAUCCAAGUGAGGCAACACAGAGUAUACUUUACCAGUGGGGACAAAAAGAUGGUUCCACUGUGGAUUUCCUUAUCAACGUAUUGAAGAAAAUGAAGAGGGAUGACUGUGUCCAAGUUCUUAAGCCGUGGGAUAAUUAAAUGAAGCAAAAAGAACUGAGAUGGCGUGCGAGGAGAAAAGGCGUUUUUCACAGGAGGUCGGAAGGUGGUGCUCUCGAUCUUAACUAACAAGAUGGAGAAGAAGGAGAACUUCAGUUGGAUAUUUUAACAGAACGAAGUUUCUUGGAUCUGAAAGGAAGGUUAUUAAUUUGUUUGUUUCGUUUGUGCUGUAAUUAAGGUAGCCAAAGGUUUCAGUUACUGUUCCCAUAAGCACUUGCGGGUGGUGUAGUUGGCGGCUGUGGGCGAAAAGGGAUCGCAAAGCGAAACCGAAACACGAGAGUGUCCUCGCACACUAAACAGAGCGGUAAAAUGUCUCGACGCCGAUUUACACUGACCAACUUUGUCAAGAGUGACAAGCUUAAGACAGGUCUGCGACACGAAUUGUUUAGUAUAAAUCGAACCUGCAACUCGCCAACGACUGUGGCAUACGUCAAAAAAAUGUCGUAGGAUUUUAGAACUUGUUGCAAAAAAAAAAAAAAAUCGUAACCGAAAUCGUUGAAAAUAACGUAUUAUGUGUUCACUGAGCAAGGGUAGUCGUGCACAUGUAAAUGCUCUCAAGACGUGUGCCAUGCCUGUAGCAAGCUUGUCGCAUGCGUCAAAGUUUUAAGAAGAAAAAAAGAGCACCAGUUGCAACUGCUGUUGCAUUUUCUGCUGUUCAUUAACCCUUUCAUUCCCAAGAUCUCAUUCGUAAGUCUACUUACUGUCUGCCAUACAAUUCUUUUGAUCUUCGUUUAAAGAAUUUGUUUUCGGAUCAGCUCAUAAUUGAAAAUUUUCUUUAUUCUCAUCAUUUGUCUGCAUGAUAAUGUAUUUAUAUUCGAAGGAGAAUUCCGUCUUGAUCACGCAUGGGAGUUAAAGGGUUAAUUCGGCAGGUUCAUCAUCACAUCAAUCGCAGUUGUUUCAUAUAAAAGUUUCUCGAGUCGGAAGAGCGCGACUUGACGAUCUCGGUUGCCAUGUUGUCUUUCCUCGACUCGUCGACGCGGAGAAGUCUGGUAAUGAGGGAGACUGUCGCGUUUCACCCAAACACGUUGAUUACGUGUUCUAUCGAGAAAAACCAAACACUUCAAUCUAAAAAGGAAAGGAGAGGCAUGUGGCGAUAAUAAGAGGUAAAAAUGGCGCCUAACGUAGAGAUGAAAUAAUGAUAGUUUAAAUUUAGCAAGACACCCGCUCAUCUUUUGCGCGAGUCUUAGAUCUGCAGAUUACCGGAUGAAGGUCACGGCCGGCAGUAAAAAAAUCCUAGAGGAAUAAUGUUGUAGGAUAAAUAUAGAGUUUAGUUAAAAUUGUUAAAGUUCGGAUAAUUUUCUUGAUCAAACUUACGUUUCUUUUCCGUAAGGCGGCACAUCAAUUCAUUUAUCGACCCAAAUAGUAAUCUCGUGCUUUGGAUACUUUCUGCGUGUCAUGAAUGCAGCAUAGCUGUCCGUGAUAGACUUGGGCACCGGACCAUUCGGUCACCUAAGAUUCCACUUAAAAUACUUUCAGCAGAAUGCAAAUGUUUUGUCUAGGCGAUGAUUUGAUGUUGAAAUCAAACCAUAGGAAUUUCGUUCUUGGGCUCUUUCUACUCAUUGGAGUGAGGUCCUGGGAAUGACAAAUGCCUACGAAAAGAGAACCGUAUGUUUCUUCAAGCAAAAUGCUUAUGUAUAUAACAUAAAUUAUAUAGUUUUUAUUGAAAUUGAUAAUCUAGACUCAAUUACACCGUACGCAUGCGAUUCGCCUUUGAAAUAUCUUGUCAGUCACUUUAAAACACUAAAAUUCGUGUCUCUUUGCAAGGCUCUAUAAAACACAGAUUUUAUUUUGUGCGUCUUACUAACCGAGUUCGAGAUACUGUAAGUUGCGGACCUAGUUUUUUUCCGUUUGGAUGUAUGACCCGAUGCAAGCGUGAUCAAAGCGCGCGUGCCAUAAAUCAGAGGGAAAAACGAGGUUCGGCAAUAGAAGGCUAAGAUUUCACCUCACACAAACUUUUGAAUUAAGUGAGCAGUACAGUGAAAUACGGCCCGCUAAAUUGACCAAUCACAGCACAAGUAUGAACAAGGAGAUAUGGUACAAUAAUUCAUGCAAUUCUCGAUCGCUUAUCAGAAGAUUAAACAGUGCGGGUCAAAAGAGUUUAGGAGAUAGCUAAAGAUACUAAAUAUUGGGGACACAAUUUUCAAAAGAGGUUGAACAAGAUUUUACUAUAAUAACAUUCUUUAUAUAUCUGUGGGGGAAGAGGGAGAAGUAGAAAUCAGUCAUUGCCGACAAAGUAUAAAGGCGGGACUGUAGAAAGGUGACGGCCAAUGACAGGGGGGAUAUUAAGAAUCGUACAAGGCCUUAGAACGUUAUUGUGAAAUAACCAAAAUCCCCCCCCCCCACCCCACCCAGGCGAUAUAUAAUGACCGGUCAAUGAGGAUGUCCUCUUUAAAGUGGUAAGAAUUGAAAUUUAAAUUAAAAUUGGGAGGAAUAAAGACAAAAGAUGAAUGAAAAAACAUCGUAACGUAAUGGAGAUUCAAAAGUUAUAGAUGUCAAGUUCCGAGGGGCGUUUAUUUUUGUACAGCGAAUUCGGAGCGUAAGAUGUAAUUGCAUAAAAAAAAGGCGUAUGAAUAUUUUCGGUAGAUAGAUGAAUUUUUUAGUAAGAGAGCUUUGUUUAAUGUUUGAUUCUUGACUACGAGAAAGACUUUUGAAGAGAGUAUCUUUAUAAUUGAUAUGACUGUUACUUGAAAGUUUCAGUAAAUAAAAGUCCGACAAAAUGA